AUGCACGCACGGAUGAACGCGGCUUCUCGACCAGAACCAGCUAAGAACCACGUCUUCAUCAACAUGACAGCGAAAAGACUGUUAACUCAUGAUGAUUGUAUCGCUGAAUUUAAUUUAAAGACUCGCGAGAAGGAAGACGAGAUACGGCAAAAGGCUGAGCGAAAGCAGGAAGCAACAAAGUGCAAGCAAGAAAAGGAACGUGCAAUACUAGAGCGUAAGCGUAAGCGUGAACGCGAAGCUAAAAAGGCAGCUCGGCAAGCAGUUGAACAACAAAAAGCAGAAGAGAUAGAGGCUAAAAAGAAGGCAAAGGCUCUUGCCAAACAUCAGGCAACCGAUCAAGACGCAAAGCCCAAGAGAAAACGCCGAAACACUGGUCCGAGGAAGCAAACCCCCACUUCAAUUAGUGUAGAUGAUAGUCAAGAUUGCAACUUCAACAUCGGCCAGAUGGCGGAGAUUCCGAGUUUGACGACCGAUAUUUCAGCCCCUGCGUAUACGACAGGGACAACGGAGGCACGAUUACAUGCAGGAAAUGCAGUUCUAUCGUAUGAUCUAGGCGACGGGAGCUGCAAAGCUCGCCAGAAGUCGUUUGUGCAGUUGAUGUCGUUUUCGGUCGCCGAUUUCGGGAUUUGCAGAGUUUGA